AUGGCGAAUGGGAGAGAAGAAACACGUUUAGUUGUGGACGAGAAACCUGCCACUGCCAGGGGUGAACAACAUUCGAUCCAACAAAGAACCAUCCAGCAUUGGAGAAAAGCACUUCCGUUUUCGAAAUCUGCCAUCGAAGAUGAAGGACAUAGUAGUACCAAUACUGAUAAAACUCCUGAUCAACCAAAGUCAUUCCUUCAAGAAUGGUGGAACACCAUAUUUGUAGUAUCAUGUGUGUUGGCUGUCUUACUCGAUCCUUUGUUCUUUUACAUCCCUAUCAUUAAGGAGGAUAGCAAGUGCCUCAAAUUGGACAAAAGGUUGAAGGCAAUAUCCUUUGCUUUACGAUCGUUAACAGAUCUCUUCUACAUUGCCGACUUGAUGCAUCGAAUUUUAGCUAGACCUAAAGCUAGGACAACAAAAGCAGAGGAGGCAGUUCCUUUGAGAAGAAGUAAAUCCAUGAGUAUGAAUGUUCUGGCAAAAGCUAAGAGGAUUUUGCAAUCUUACAUCCUACUUGACAUUUUAGCUGUUCUACCUGUCCCACAGGUAGUACUUUCCAUCUUUUCAAAAAUGAGGGGCUCAAGAUCAUUGAAAACAAUGAAGUUUCUAAAUUUUCUUGUUGUGUUGCAAUAUGUGCCACGAGUUCUUCCCAUCUACCGAUUGUGUCAUGAACGUAAGAAGGCUGCUAAAAAGCCAGGCAUAUGGGUCAAAAGUUUUUUCAAUUUCUUCUUGUACAUCCUUGCCAGUCAUGUAAUCGGAGCUCUUUGGUAUUUUUUUGCAAUUCAACGAGAGACAGUUUGUUGGCAAUAUGCCUGUCGAAGUGAAAAAGGAUGUGAACCUAAUACUUUUAGCUGUGAAUGUGAUGACCUUUCACCCAGAAAUAUCACAGUUUUAAAUGAUUUAUGUCCUAUAAAGCCAUCAAACGCAACUUUUUUCGAUUUUGGUAUAUUUAAACAUGCCAUUCAGUCUGGCGUGUUACAGUCGACAGAUUUUCCAGAGAAGUUUUUGUAUUGCUUUUGGUGGGGUCUCCUAAAUCUGAGUUCUCUUGGUCAAAACCUCCAGACUAGCACCUACGCAUGGGAAAACCUAUUUGCAGUUUUUAUUUCUAUAAUUGGUCUCCUACUAUUUUUAUAUCUCAUUGGAAAUUUACAGACAUAUAUGCAGUUGUCAACCACAACGUCAGAAAAGCUUAGACGGAAGAUGAAAAUGAAAGGUCUUGAGGUAGAAUUGUGGUUAUCUGAACAUGGCUUCCCUAACACAAUGAAGACACGGAUCAUGGAAAAUGUACAUCGAAAACUUGAAGAAAACAAAAAUGUUCAUGUGGAGAUCCUCUCUGUUCUUCCCCCGGACUAUUUAAGCUAUGUCAAGCGCUGUCUUUGCUUGGCUACGCUAAGGAAAGUUCCGAAGCUUAAAGACAUCGAAGGAUUGGAAGAGUUGAAAGGAAUCUGUGAGCAUUUUAAGCCAGUGAUCUAUGCUAAGGAUAGUUUUAUUAUUCGAGAGGGCGAGCACCUUGAUAUGAUACUCUUGGUCACGCAAGGGACUGUUCGCAGCUACACAACUAGUAACGGAGGAAAAAAGAAUCCCACAACACCUAAGCAUAUUAAGCAAGGUGAUUAUUAUGGAGAAGAACUGAUAAGUUGGGCAUCAAAAUUUCCCCCCUCCACUGAGUUACCCAUCUCGGAUAAAAAUGUUAGGUCCAUUACAAGAGUUGAAGCAUUUGCUCUCACGGCCGAGGACUUAAAGAAUCAUGUGCUCCUUAGAUAUUUCUGGUGGCAAUUUACCAAGGGAAUCGAUCUCAACAAUUUGACUGGCUCUCAGAUGCUGCAGUUGAAAGAAUUGGCAGUUAUAAACUCACAAAGAGCAUUUCGUCGCCGCAAGAGAGCAGAGAAGCCUGCAGCCUUGCCAAUGAAAACUCGGUCCAUGUCAGCUGUCCCAAUUCUGUAA